AUGGUAGCUGUCUUCUACAAAGACAUGUUGAGCUGGUACUUGCUCACUCUCAAGAUCCGCGAAAAACUCGAAACCGAGAACCAAGGAUCCGAACCGGUUAAUGAAGAUCACAACCUUCCCGGUUUACCCGAUAUCACCAGAUCCGAUCAAGACCAAAACAAUCAAAACCGCGAGGCCGGUAAGACCGAGGUAACCAAAGAGAGCCCAAAAGAGGCACGAGACGAUUGGGUGAUCUCGAUUACAGACAAGCUUGAGCAAGCACAUAGAGACGACGACACAACAAUUUGGGGAAAGCUCUGUAUCUACAGAGUUCCAUAUUACCGACAAGAAAAUGACAACAAAUCGUAUUUCCCUCAGACCGUCUCGCUUGGUCCGUACCACCAUGGUAAGAAACGGCUCCGGUCAAUGGACCGUCACAAAUGGCGUGCGGUCAGUAGAGUCUUGAAACGUACGAACCAAAACAUCAAAAUGUACAUCGACGCCAUGAGAGAGCUAGAAGAGAAAGCUCGAGCUUGCUACGAAGGUCCUUUUGGUUUGAACAGUAACGAAUUUGUCGAAAUGCUUGUUCUUGAUGGUUGUUUUGUGCUUGAGCUCUUCAGAGGAGCCGUUGAAGGAUUCCCAGAACUCGGAUAUGCUCGUAACGAUCCGGUUUUCGCAAUGAGAGGAUCGAUGCAUUCGAUUCAACGCGACAUGAUAAUGCUGGAAAAUCAACUUCCUUUGUUUGUUCUAAAUCGGUUAUUAGAGCUACAGCUUGGUACACGGAACCAAACCGGUCUAGUAGCGCAAUUAGCAGUUCGGUUCUUUGAUCCACUAAUGCCAACGGACGAGCCAUUGACCAAAACUGACCAGUCAAAACUCGAGAACUCGCUAGCAAGAGGAGCCUUUGACCCAUUUGCCGAUAUGGGCGAAUUGCAUUGUCUAGAUGUUUUCCGUCGAAGUCUUCUCCGGUCUAGUCCUACACCGGAGUCAAGGUUGUCAAGAAAGAAAUGGACUCGGAACACGCGUGUGGCGGACAAACAACUAAGAGCAGCCGGUAUUAAGUUCCGGAGAAGAAAAACCGACCGGUUUUGGGAUAUACAAUUCAAAAACGGUUAUCUAGAGAUACCGAGGCUACUUAUUCAUGAUGGUACCAAAUCUCUUUUCUUGAAUCUUAUAGCUUUCGAGCAGUGUCAUAUCGACUCAAGCAACGACAUAACAUCCUACAUAAUCUUCAUGGACAAUCUAAUAGAUUCUCACGAAGAUGUUAGUUACUUGCAUUACUGCGGUAUUAUCGAACAUUGGCUAGGGAGCGAUUCCGAAGUCGCGGAUUUGUUCAACCGUUUAUGUCAGGAGGUUGUUUUCGACACCGAAGAUAGCUAUCUAUCUCGGUUAUCGAUUGAGGUUAACCGUUAUUACAAUCAAAAGUGGAAUGCUUGGAGGGCAACCUUGAAACACAAGUACUUCAAUAAUCCAUGGGCAAUUGUCUCUUUUUCUGCUGCGGUUAUUCUACUAAUUCUCACAUUAUCUCAGAGUUUUUAUGCUGUUUAUGCUUAUUACAAACCAGCUUCUUAA